UCAGCUGUGAGGCUGUGUCUGGUGGUUGCACGCGAGCACUGAAAUUUCAAAAUGCAUGCAUUCGAGAUCGGAGAGCAGAAAAUCAAGAUGGAUGAGUGAGGAUGAGACUUCCCAGUUCAGUUCUAGUGUCGGUCUCUUUGUUUACGGCCGAGACGACGGCUGCUCUUUAUCUGAGCACCACUUAUCGCUCCGCCGGUGACAAGAUUUGGCAGUGUUUCACUCUCCUCUUCACGCUUGUGCCAUCCGUGCUGGUCCAGCUCACACUGAUCUUUAUUCACAGAGACCUGAGCAGAGACAGACCUCUAGUAUUGCUGCUUCAUAUAUUACAGCUAGGGCCAAUAAUCCGGUGCCUGGAUGCCUUCUGUAUCUAUGGCAGUGCUGGAAAGGUGGAGGAGCCAUAUGUCACAAUCACCAGAAAGAAGCAGAUGCCCCAGGAGGAGCAGACAGAGGAGGUGGAGCAGGAAGUUGGGCAGGUGGAGGGGAAGCUAGUCACUCACCGUGCAGCCUUCGCCAGGACCUCUGUCAUACAGGCCUUCCUGGGUUCUGCACCACAGCUCACACUGCAGCUCUACAUCUGUGUGCUGCAGAAAGGGGUGUCUAUUGGAAGAGGGACAUUGAUGUUCAUUUCCCUUCUCUCUAUUGUAUACGGAGCCCUGCGCUGCAACAUUCUGGCUAUCAAGAUACGCUAUGACGAUUAUGAAGUCUCUGUCCGGCCGUUGGCGUACCUGUGCGUGUUUUUGUGGCGAGGGUUUGAGAUCGCCACACGUGUGACCGUGCUGGUCCUCUUCAGCUCCGUGUUGAAGGUGUGGGUACUUCCAGUAGUGGCCGCCAACUUCAUCCUGUUCUUUCUGUUCCCAUGGGUUCUCUUCUGGAGCAGUCGUUCUCCGUUUCCGGAGAAUAUCGAGAAGACGUUGACACGCGUGGGCACCACUAUCGUACUCUGCAUGCUUACUGUCUUGUAUGCGGGCAUCAACGUGUUCUGCUGGUCUGCCGUUCAGCUCAAACUGGAUGACCCUGAUCUUAUUGAUAAAGGCCAGGCGUGGAGGCGGAUGGCGGCGUAUUACUCACUCCGUUUCAUAGAGAACACGGGGCUGACAUUGAUGUGGUAUGUCUACCGGACUGAUUUCUACCAAUGGGUGGAUGCCCCUGUGUUGGAAAUUCUGCUGCUUUUGGGUUAUGCCACAGCUGUGUUCUUUAUGUUGCUGUUUUACCAGUUUUGCCACCCUUGCCGGCAACUGUUUUCCUCCAGUCCAGCCCAAGGCUUCUGGCAGGGCUGUGGAUCCCUUUGCCUGCUCCGGGAGCCCUUUUCCCAGUCCGACUCCAUGAGGACCAAGCCUUUGUCAGAGCCAUCAGGGAAAGACGUUGGAGAUGACCCACCCUGUGUUACAGUCUGAGUAAACAACUUAAGCACAUUGCCAUGAAGGAUGUAUGGCAAAUGAAAAUGUUUGUUGCAGUCUUUGCCUUCGUACUUGACGUUGGAAUGUAAGAGGCAACGUUGGUUAAAAUUGGAGAUAAACGUUUCUCUUCUUCGGUAUACAAGGCAAUCAAGCCAGCAUGGUCCAUUGCAGUGCAUGUGAAAAUCCUUAACAAAAUGAGAGUGAAAUUGCUGCUUUUGUCAUGUGAUGUGUCUGUAUAAUUAACGUUACAAUUUCAGUGCUCUCUGUGAAUGCAUCAUUUUUCAACCUGGUCUCAUAGAAUCACAUUACUAUAACUACAUUGCAAAAUGACUUUUACAUGGCUCGUUGUACGUAUCGCGGCAAUUUCCUAGUGAAAUAAAUACUAGAGGUGCUACAACCACAAUGCCUUUUCACAUUCACACAAAUCACGAGUAAAACGGCAGAUUAUCAGUUCGUAACCACUUAUCACAUCAAAACAUGUUUAAAAGCAAUAUAUUUCAACAUUUGCAUCAUAUUACAUACAUUACAAAACUACAUUUUCAAGCUUAUUCAAGUGCAAUCAAGUCGCUCAGUACCUCAACUGAUAGAGUGAUAUAUUUGCAAGCAAAGAACUGGGGUAAGAGUCCAGAAAAUCACAUGAAAGUGUCAUAAAAGCAGCACAAAAUGAAUUGGUUGCUUCAGGAAUUGUGUUUUUUUUUUAAUCUCACAUUUGCUUUUUCUGACACUAUCGGUUAGGUUUACAUUCAAGGUUUAGGGUAAAGACUAGGUCUAAUUUUUUUAUUUAAAACUCGAUAGAACAUUAACCUUAAAAACUAGGGUUGCACCGAUCCGAUACCUGGAUCGGUAUCGGCUCCGAUAUUGAAGCUUUUAGACGGACUGGGUAUCGGUCCGACUAGUCUGAUCCAAAUCCGAUACUGUUUGUUAUGUCAUGUUCGUUACUGUCAAGCUCAAAAAAUGACAUAAAAGAACCAUAAAAACACCAUUAAAGUAGUUCAUAUGACUCGUGCAUUUUAUUCAAAGCCACUUGAAGACGUGCAAUAGCCCUGUUAAUCACAAAAGGCUGUGUUUAAUAAGUAAAUAUAUAAAAUGCAAGCGCAGCUCCACUCACGAACAGCAUCUCAGGUGUAGAUGCUCAAUAGUUCGGUUCACUUAUAAUAUGCAUUUAGAAUGGCACUGGAGGUGCUUUUUUUUUCAUUUUUAUUUUUUUUACUGGAAUUUGAAUAAGAAGCGAAUUAAACUACUGUGAAUUUGCCAACAAACAGACACAUACAGGACUUCCUGGAGAGUUCAGAAUGUCAAAAUAAAAGCCUGAGGGUGUAAAAGUUAAAGGUGCACGAUUGUGAUAUAUUACUAUGUAUUACUAUUAUAAUAUAUUAUUAUUAUUAUUUUUAUUAUUAUUAUUUGUUUACAAAUUAUAGUUGAACGGAUUCCAAAAAAUAACUGUGAAUGAAAAGUGAGCUGAUAUCUUACAACUAAAUUGAACAAAAAGAGAUCUGAAUCCUUUAAAGUCCAGAUGCAAUUUGAAAAGUUUAUUUUCUACUGAUGACUUAUACUGGAAUUACUGUUAAUUUUGCUGCUACACUAUCCAGUAGACAAGUUAACAAUAAAGUUUUCCUUAAUAAGCUAUACAUUUAUAUUGAAAUAAUGUGUAGUUAGAGGUUUGUGUUUCUUUACAUAUUAAAGAGCACACAAUAAUGUAAAGAUAUUCUAAACUGAUUAUGCAAAAAAAACUACAACACUGGUAUUGGAUUGGGAUCGGUAUCGGCCGAUACUGAGAUUUCCAAUAUCGGAAUCGGAUCGGAAGAGAAAAAGUGGUAUCGGUGCAUCCCUAUUAAAAACCUCAUCUGUUUGGGGGAACAUUUCACUCACUUUUAUUGGCACUCAGUGGAUAUUGCACAUCGGAACUGCUGCGAUACGUGUAAUGAAUAGAGCACAACAGUGCCCUGCCCACUUAUUCAGCGUCUGGGUUCUGGAAGUGUUUUUCCCAUUCAUUUUUUGCAUAGGCUUCUCAUAAAAUCCUCCAUAAAAGAGUAGUAAGCCAUGAUCCAAACCAACCAGCUCCGAGGGGAUUCACAACAUUACAAACUUCGUUUUUAAGCAAAAAAGUAUUUGAAAAUUGGACAAAAAGACAAAGGUACAAGACUGUGUACUUACCGUCUUUCACAAGGGUACAAACUACAAUCCCAUGAAGCAUUGCGAAUGAUUUAAUUGAAUAAAAAACAAUGGAAAUAUAUCAAACUAUUGAUUUUAGGUUGUCGAUUAUAAGUGUAGAAACAAUAUCUUACGUUUACUGCUAAAUAUUCCGAUAUGUACAUUUAGAUAAGUAGUUUAAGGGUAAUGGGAGUCUGAUUACGUCACUCACAGUGCGUCAUGGGAGUGUGCGGUUGCUCCGAGGCAGGGUCAGUUGGCUGCGGUUCUCUGAAUGGUGAACCGUUUUCUGCUGUCAUGGGUAAUGUAGUUGUUUACCAGGAAUUCAAACAUGCUAUUUAAACAAUGAAGUUGAAAUAACGCAGACGAAUGGCUUCAACAGAAGCUCAUACCAUCGAUAAACAUCCUCGGAGCUCAAGGUAGGUCUGUCUAAAUUAUCGUUGAAAAUCAAUUCUUCUAUGGAUAAAUUGAAUGGGAUCUUUACUUCCGGAACCAGACUGUUGAGCAUUUUGCAAAAAUGUUGCAAUAUUCACGUGGUUUUCAUAAGAUCGGGCUGUUAUUUUAAGCACUGAUUUAUUUAAAAGAUUGUAUUUGCUAAAGUUAUAAGCUGAUCUUUCCUUCACUUUUUAAGGGCAUUGCUUUUUGAAAAAUUUUUGACGGCCUCUCAGGUUCAUUAUUAAUGCUUCCUUCUUUAUCAUUUAUCUUGUUAUUGUUGCUACACUCGUUCACACAGAAUAACAAAAUUUUAAGAUUGUUAUCAUAUGAUAACACAAGCUUGUAGCCAAAAUAUUAGUAAUUGCAUGAAUGCUUUCAAAAGAUGAUGUAUUGUUUGGAGGGAUUGGAUGCCAGGACCUUAAUAAUCCUGCAAAAAAAUAAAAAAUAAAAAAAAUAAAAUAAAAUAAAAAAUAAUAAAGUAUAAUAAUUGUUUAAAGGAGUGGUUCAACCACAAAAAUGAAAAUGUUGUCAUUAUUUACUGGUUAUAUAUAUAUAUACUCACAUUACACUCACAUUGUGCACUGUUUUGCACACUAUUUUGAAGAUUUUUGCUACAAGGUGUAAAAAAUAUUUUUUUCACAGAGGAGAGUAUAUGAUUGUAUCCUUACUUUACUGCCUCCUUGUGGGAGCUGAAUGGCUUGAGUUUAUUAAUUUUGCAAAACUUUGUGAUGAGGGUUUGAUCUGGAAACCCCCUCAAAACAUCUCCAUAAGCACUGUAUAGAGCACAUCACUGCUUUUAAUAUGUGCACCUGUCCAUACUUAAUAAAGGAGAGUGA